CUCUCUCUCAACGUACUGACGUGUCUUGGGAAGUUUUCAGUGUGAUCCGGGAACUGCUUAUACACGCACCGCACUCCUCUUCACAACGAGUAUCGAGAUGGAAGGAAACGUCUAUGGCGCAGCUAAAGCAGGAGGAGCGUUUGACUUAGAGAACUUUCUGAAGCAGCCUCAGACUAUCACCCGGGUAGUGAGCUGGGUCUUUUCAAUAAUUGUAUUUGGCUGCAUCACAAGUGAGGGUUACAUAAAUUCACAUCAAUCUUCACAGCUGAAAUGUAUCUUCAAUCAGAAUGUGGAUGCUUGUCAUUAUGGUGUAGGAAUUGGAGUGAUUGCAUUUCUCAUUUGUAUAGUCUUCUUUGCUCUUGAUGUCUACUUUCCUCAGAUCAGCAAUGCUGAUCAACGCAAGCACAUCGUUAUGGCUGACCUUGGAAUUUCAGGCUGCUGGACCUUCCUGUGGUUUAUUGGCUUUUGUUUCCUCACCAAUCAAUGGGUGUCAACAACUAUUACCCCAGCUGUAGGUGCGGAUAGUGCACGGGCUGCCAUCGCCUUUACCUUCUUCUCCAUUUUCAGCUGGGGAUUGCUAUCUUGUUUUGCCUACAAGAGGUAUCGCAUGGGUGUAGAGGACUUCAAUGAGAAGUAUGUGGAUCCAUCAAACGAUUACCCUCCGUAUCCCAAUGUUACUGACAACUACCAGCAGCCGCCAUUUGGUAAUACUGCCCGGUCGGAAUCUGAGGAUUACAAGCCACCUACAUACUAAACCAAAGUGAGCAGUUCUGCCUGCAGCUCCUGGAGUGUGAGGCAAACUGAACCAUACAAUGGCAAGCAGGAAGAGACAUUUGCUGUUACAAUAAUAGUCUUUGUUUUCAAUCUCGCUUUACCCUGUCACCUCUCUUCUUUUCCCAGCUAUAAUGCCCUGGCUCCUUGAUAGGAAACCUGGUAGCAUACCUUCUAUGACACCACUGGCCACCAGAAGUCUGUGUGUGUUGCAACCUCACUGGGUCGCUUUCACUUCCUCACUAUGAAGCGAUGGUAAGUCUCUGCUUGGCAUCUGUAAGCAGCAGUGCACUCCUGAAAGGGAGAGUGUCGUAAAGAGCGACCUUUGACGCCACCCCACUUCCCUCCCAGCUCUUUCCUUUCCACUUCUUCUCAAAGUUAACCUUUCAAUUUGAGAUCCUGUUCAUCCAAACACCAAGCUGUUGCAAGUUUCAGUUUCCAGUGUCACUCUUUCAACCUCACUGUUUAAAUGUUAUCAUUUGUGAUAAUAUCAUACGCUAAAAUGAUCUUUUAAAUGUAUUCCGAACCAUUUUUACAGCUAUUAACUAGGUAACCAUUCUUGGUUUUUAAUUGAUUGCAGGACAUUUUCUUCACGUAAUUUACAAGCACCUAUCAGUUUGUUCCUAUAUAUGUUGUAAAACCUAACCUUUCACUGUUGGGACUCUGAUACUCCUUCCCAUAUGCAUAGUACAUUUCCUCAUUGAUUGCGUUGGUUUGGGAACUCGCUGGUCAGAACCCUGCCUCUAAUUUUGGCAAAGGCAUCAUCAGCAAAAGCUGUUUGUAGAAAAUCACCUUGUUCCUGUGCUGCCUGAGCCCCCAGGAGAACCACAGCUUGAUAUAGUCCCGUUUGCUUGAAACCAUUUUAAUUCUAUCUCUACUUCAAUAUGUCUCUAGCACUGUCCAUUAGAUCCUCCUCUGAAGCCCUACCCAAAAACCUUUCCUGAACAAUGUGUUUUUGUUAGUAAAGUGCACCAGGUCACCAUGCACUGACAAUUUAAAGGUUGCAUCGGAGUGGUUUGAGCCACAGUGCCAGGCAAACACGAGAGCUGCCCACAAUUGCUGAACGUGACUUGCAUUGUAAAAGGGGAGGUUGGCAGCAGCAGAAUAGACAGAAAGUAAAGAGGGCACACAUGAAGUAAAUAGUGGGUGUGAGCUCAAGAUAAAACCUUUUUAGUACAACAUUAAAUAUCCCAAUCACAGAAUAGCAUCAGAAAAUAUCACCAUUCAGCUGAAGGGAAUUAUUUCAGUUUGAAGCAUUACAGGGUGAUGAAAAAUGUAUUUGAGUAAGUGCAGGCCUGUGAAAAUUAAUGGAUGAUUUAUGGCACGAGUACAAGAUGAACAAGUGAAUUGUGUAUAAACUGUGCUCCAAUUUUAACUAGUUGAGAAUGACAAAAGUUGAGUUAUGAUGACAAGAUUGGAAGUUAGAUUUAUGAUAACCUGAAUGCAAAGAUUUAAGUGAAAUACUGUCUCUGGUGAAGUGAAUUUAAAUCUGUUCAUCAACCGCAUAUAAAUUUCAUUGCUGUUCUAAGGGAAGGAUUUCAAUGUAUUAAACUCCCACCUCCCACUGUAUCUGUUCUGAGUAGAAACAUUUAUGCAGAUUCUUAACUGAGUCUGACACUCUUGAAGUUCAGCAUUAGAUUUUUGAACUUGUGGAGAUUUCAGAUGUUUGCAGCCAGCGAUUGGUUAGGAAGUAUUUUGUACCUUUUUACAUUUACUAUGGUCCAUAUGCUCAUCACCCAGUGUUUUUCCACAACUUUAAAAAGACCGAUUCUGAUCAUUUCAUUGCUUUUAGCCAAGACCCUAGAAUAAAUUUUUCCAUUGGCUUUUCCUGAUUGGCGUAGGUAACUUUUGAUGGAACCCCUACAGAUAUAGUGAACAACAUCUUCCUUGUAUAUCACAGGGUUGCAACAGUGUUUGGGAGAAACUGCCCAUUCCAGGCAUGUUUUGUCACUCAAUAACACAGUCCCUGCACUUUGAGCUUGUAAAAAGACUCCAUUUCAUGUCUGCAUUGAAUCCAUAAAUAUCCAGCAAAAUCAGUUGGAUACAGUUUGAAGCCUUUGUGACCUUUUUGAAUGAUUGCUCUAUUUAAUUGCAAGUGGCUGUAGGACAUGUUUUAAGGUAAUGAGGUAGAAGUUGGACCAAUCAAUUGAAUCACGUCAUUGAUUGAUAAACUUGUGCGUUUCUGGUAAAAUAAAUCUAAUAGAAUAGUUAAAUAUCAAUAUAAUGCCAAUUUAUAAUGUUUAUAGGAUAUGAAGCAUACUAUUGUGCUUUACAUCCCUGUGCUCCCUUAGGAGAUUAUUCCUCAGGAAUUGGUCUCCCAUUUAUUCUGAUAAGCUACACAUCCCUGAGACAGACACUAGGCUGAGCCAAACUUGAACUAGUCUUUAUGCAAACUGUUCAAUACUUGUUCUCUUUUUGCAGGGAGGUUUGAACAGCUUGUCAUCCACUGUUUGUGGUUCAGUUUGUCACCUGCAAUAGUAACCUUAAAGCAUUCCUGGAACAAGGGAGCUCGCCAAAUGCUGGGUGUGAACUAAUUGAUCCCACACUGAUCUUUUCUGGUUACAUUGUUUGUAGCAGGUUUUUUAUUUCAUAUUAGGGUGUAUAAAUGAAUAUAACCUGUGCAUUUGAAAUUACAUACUGCAAGGAAUUUACUUGAAAUUUGUCUGGAUUUCUUCAUUUCAGACAUGGUGAUAUGUUUAUAAACAUCUAAAUUAGGCCAGACUCAGACUAUAGAAAUACUGUUUACAGAUGUUACAUAGAACCUAAAACUGAGUAAGUAAUCCAAGCUGCGCGCACAGUUCAGAUUAAAAUAACCCAGGAGAGUGAACUGUUGUGAUUUAAAAACAGGGACAAGCUGAUGACAUUGAACAUCUGCUUUGGGUGGUUAAAUUACAUAAGUGUCAAUGGUUGUAUUCAAUCACUAAGUCAGAGUUACAGGAUUGGAGAUGGGACAAGACGUUCUGGGCAUGUCUGUUAUUGUGAAGGCAUUAAAUCAUGGCAUCAUACUGUUCAGGGAAGAUUUCUAAGAUCAGAUGGCAUUUUUAAAUAUUUUUUUUGAAGUGUUCCUCCUGGUGUUGUGGCCAAUUUGAUUUUACUCUACAACUGAUCACUAAAACAGAAAAUUAUGGUUUUGGGAGUUUUUGCAAUGCUUGUAUUGACUUGAUGAAAGGCACUAAAAAUACUUAUUGUAAUUCAUCUGAUUUGAUACAAGUCUCAAAUCAGACAUUUUGGGAGUAUGAGGUGCCAGAGGGGAGAGAUCCAUUGUUCUUGUGACAGGUGAAACCGCUCCGGUGCAUUGUGUGGUAUACAGUCAUGAUCUUGAGAUUUUCAUUUGCAUUAGGAGCAAAGCUUAUUUAUUUGUGACUAUUUCCACUAGGUUAGAAUGUCUGUCUGUAAUCUCCUCCACCCCAAUAGUUUGGAUCCAGGUUUUUUUGUUGCAAUCAGUUUGAAUAUUUAAAAAAGAUGCUUUCCAAUUGCCUUAAUGCAUUCUGAAUAAAAGCAAAGAUCUUCAGAUGCUGGAAAUCUGAAAUUAAAAACAGUGCUGGAGAAACUCAGCUGGUCUGCCAUCCUCUGAAAAGAGAGAGUUAAAGUUCUGAGUUCAGUGUGAUUUUUUUUUUUUUUUUGAGGUGUUCUGAAGACUUGUAUCGGACUCUAAAUGUUUAGUUUCUCUGUCCAGAGAUUCUACCACUCCUGCUGAGUUUCACCAGCAUUUUUUGUUUUAAUUAAUGUUCGUUGGGCUGACUGGACAAUAUAUAUUCAUCAAUGAAAAGAACAAAUUUAGCAACUUUCAGAAUUGAAUCAUCUUGUUCCAAAGCUGGACUUCUGCAUUUUUUUUAAAUAAAAAAGGCAGGAAAUGCACAGCACAGUCAGAAUCUGAGCAGCUGCCUAACGGGCUCAUGGUGUGGAUGAAAGUCUCCUGAAUCAGCGUGGUUAACAUUUCGCUUUCCUGCUAUGCUCCUGUAUUAUUUUUAAAAUCUCUACUUGGAGCUUUCUAUAUUUUGUGCAAAGAUGCUUUUCCAAAAGCAUUAGACCAAUGGUAGGAACUUUGGGGAGGAAAAGUGUCUGGAGCGCACACGUCCCUAACCGAAUUAUAGCUGUAAUAAACUCUUCAGGGCUGUCCCUUCAGUGCUGAGGAGUUGGAAGAAGUUAUUUAACUCUGUAUUAAAAUUAAGAUCUACAUCAUUUCUGGAAUCCACAAAUAAAUUGUUGCUUAAGUUAGAUUUGUUUUCUUUUAUAUUCUGUAAUUUGUCUAAUAACCAAAAUCACUCUUUUAUUUGGUAAAAGGAAUCCUUUGUAUUCUUUAUAAACUACUGAAAUAGGUUUUUUUUUAAAAAGAUAGAUUAAUAUGAUGUAGCUUUUGGUUCAUUGUGGCUUCUAUUGAUUUGAAUGUUAAAUUUAAAAACUUGGCAAAAAUUGCACUGAGAGAGUGUUGCAUAUUAACUGGCAAUUUGGUGCAAGAUGUCUGCAGGACAGGUGGAGCUGUGCAGAUUUUUGGCAUUAUUUCAGCAUUCAAGUUGAGGUACUGUCUGGAUUGGACAUGUCUGUUGUCAGGUGCAAGUAGAAACCACCCCCUCCACUGUGUGGUACUGUGACCAGUUUGGCACUAGGAACAUAUCACGCCAAAUCACAGCAGCACAGCAUGUGCUCCUAUUGUACUGUGGUGUGCAGAGCUGUAGCACAGUAUGUAAGCUGGUGCCAGUUGUCAGUUUUUAAUCUAUUAAUUUUCACCUGAAUCCACUGUGUAAAGACUCCAACUGCACCAAGCUCGAAUGAACACUUUGCUUUAAUAUUGAUGCACUGCUCAGUUAAAGAAUGGUUGAACAGCAACUUAAGAUCUGCACUAGGAGAUAGCUUUUAUUGAAAUGGGAAUUUUCCAGGUUAAUUCUCAAAUUCAUAAAAUUAGGGAUCUUCUUUUAAGGUAUUAGCAAUAUGCUUGGUCUAUAUUCAUUUGGUACAGAUGCCUUUUUGUACCAGACUUGUUAAUUACAAUUGAAAAGUGCCAAAUGAUGGAAAGUCUAUUUCACACAGUUUCUGGGUAAGUGUUCUGACUUGUUCCCACCCUCUUUUUUUUUUUGUUUUGAGGGCUAUGUGUUUUUCUUAUGACAAGCCUGAGUUCCUAAUUCUGAUCACUAUCCACUGAUUUCCCCACCUAGUUACUGAUAAAGCCCACUUUGGGAAAAAUAUGGUUUAGCUGUGAUGUCCUUAGAAUAUUGAAACCUAUGGAUUGAUACAUAACAGGAGUUAGUGCCUUCAGAAGAAAAAAAUAUUUUUCCUUCACUUUGCCAAGAUGGAAGAUUAUUGCUUUUUAAUUGUUGAGGUAAUAGGGAUAGCAAUUGGUUGGGUAUUUGAAGAAUGAGCUUUUAUUUUAAAAUCAUGUGGACUGUACAUUCAACAACCAAAGAUUUUAUUUUGUACUGCGAAAGCAAAAGAAACUGCUGUGAACCUUUGAACAUUUUAUACCUGGUUCUCCUGCUGUGGCUUCAAAUGCCUUUUGUCAUUAAUAUUGAUUUGUAUUGGAGCUUACAUAGGCAUUUUUCACUGGACUGAAGCUUUCAAAUAAAGUUAUUGAUUAUAAUGCUCAAUCCACUGUACAAAUAAACACUUUUUUCAAAAGUA